AUGAGGGAGGACAUGACCACCAGCUUCAUUGACAAGCAUACACCACCGCCCGAAACCCGACCAGAAACAUGCCUGUUCUGCCGGGAAGACCUGGCACCGGAUGCCUCGUACCGCCAGGUGUGCCGCACCCAUUAUCUUCACUCACCCUGUAUUAGUGACUGGAUGAGUCGGGGGCGCGGAUACCUGCCCUGUGUGCCGCCGCAAGCUGGCAUCCCGCCCGUGGCUUCGCAUGAAGCAGUCGGGCACUCAAACAGAAGUCCAAUCGCAGAAACUGCUUCUGGAUAG